AGCAUUACGGUUGUUCUCUGUUUGUAUUUGUAAUACUAUAAAGGUAUCAACUCUUUUAUUACACUGCAUGAUUACCUUUGCAAUCAUUUAUUACUGGCUGUGGUAAUAACUUAAUUAAUACAUAGGUUUGAAAGUAGAACCACACACAGUAAAAAGUACCCCACCCAUGUGAACAGAGAGUCCAAAGUUCUUACUAUUAUGUAACUACUCUUAUGUCACUACUAAAGCCAAAGUCCGGUUAGAAAAACUAUAGGCUCUCCCCUAACUCCAUGACUGACUGGCAGAAACUUUCAACAAAGGACUGUUGUGUUCGUACAUCAAACUUGGGAUCUUAUAGCAACUGCACCAGAAAACAAUGGAGUUUGACUGUAAUAAGGACAUUUACAGAACUCAUCCACAGACAAACGUCAGUGCUGUGGCUCAGAAUAGAAGCAAUAUUACAGCACCUGUUUUUAUUAAUUGCACAAUAACCGGCAAUGUUCCCAUAACACAUAAUGCUUCUGGUAUCAGUGGAUAUCACCCUGACAGUGACAAAACACAGCCAUCAGCAAACUCAGUGAUUGCUCAGUAUAAACAGCAGAUUUGCAUUGAGUACCAGCAUGUUACAGAGUAUAACUCACUGCCCGGUGAAAAUGUGCUGCUGUGUCAGCGCUACACUGAACCUCUGAUCAUUCAAAAACAUAGAGAUAAAAAAGAAAGAGAAGAAGAGAUCUCCUCAAAAGGAGAAAGUUUCCAGAAGGUCCUCAGCUCCAGGAGCAGUCAUGAAUCUGUCCUGAACUCUCUGUUUCACACAGAUGACCAUGGGAUCACUCCUAGAGCUGUCAUACUGCAGGGAAACUCUGGGAAUGGAAAAUCUUUUGUUGUGCAGAAGAUCAUGAUGGACUGGGCAUCUGGUAACCUCUACAAAGAUCAAUUUGAUGCUGUGUUUCACUUGAAGUGUAAAGAAAUUAACUGCAUUUCUGGUGAAAAGAGUUUGUUGGAGCUCUUGAGCUGGAGUUGUUGUUUAACUUCAGAUGAGAUCUUACAGAUGCUCCAGCGGUCACCAGAGAGAGUGCUCUUCAUUAUUGAUGGGUUUGAUGAACUCAGACUCACACAGGACGUUUAUUACAUGACAUCACCCACAGAUCCAGACCAGAGAUGCACACCUGUGCUCACACUUUGUGCCCUGCUGAGAGGACAUCUCCAGGCGAACUCUUUUCUCUUGGUCACCAGCAGAUCAACCGCUACAGACACACUAAGCAAACUGCUCAAGAAACCUCAGCGUUUCACUGAGAUUAUGGGCUUCUCUGAAAGGGGGGUGGAGGAGUAUUUCCAGAAGUUCUUUCAGGAUGAGAAACUCUUCAGGAACGCUUAUAUGUUUGUGAAGGACAAUGAAACCCUGUUGACUGCCUGCUCCAUUCCUGUUAUCUGCUGGAUCAUCUGCACAGUUAUCAGAGAAAGAUUCAAUGAUGGUGCAGAUAUAACAAGCGGUCUGGAAACAACCACAUCCAUAUAUGUUGACUUUGUGUUGACUUUACUGGAGCAUCACAGUCAGGGUUUGAAUCAAUCUGUGCCAAAUCUGCUGAUGAGUCUGGGUCAACUGGCAGAGAGAGGGAUGUGGGAACAAGAAGUUCUGUUUGAUGAGAAAAUUAUAAAUGAAACUGUGCAAGAUCCUGCAUGCUGUCCAUUUCUGUGCAAGUUCCUCUUUAAAAGAAGAAUUCAGCAGGAGACAAUGUUCAGCUUCAUGCAUCUCAGCUUUCAGGAGUUCUUCACUGCUCUGUACUAUGUCUGUCUGGAUAAAGACCAGGCCAUGAUGAAUCUUACCAAGCUAUGUACCAUUAGACACACACUACGUGAAUCUUUUUAUCAGCCACCACGUUUUUCAGAUGUGGUGAAGUUUGCUUUUGGUCUAUUAAAUAAGGACUUGCAAUGCACACUUAUAAAGCAUGGUCUGUUUGUUCAUCAAAAUGUAGAGGCCGAUCUGAAACAAUGGUUUAUAAAUAAGAUUUGUAAUAGACCAUGUUUCUUAGAUCCAUUUGUGUUUAACUAUCUUUAUGAACUGCAUGAAAAGAGCUUUGCAGAAGAAGCUAUGCAGACCUGGAAUAAGAUUCAUAUACGUAGCACAAUCUUACGAAGAACAGACUGUUGGGCUUUGAUGUACUGCGCUCAGUGCUGCCACAGCGUCAGAUCACUCAAUCUUGGUUCUUAUUGCGAGUUAACACCUGACAAGUUGUCUAUAAUUCUGCCUGUAGUCCACAAGUUUGAAAGGUUAAGCUUGAAAGUAGGAAACCUAACAGACUCUGAUCUUGUUGAUCUGAUGUGUGCUGUUACAGGAGGAAAGACCCAAAGGGUUAAUGUUAUCCCUGAAUGUGACGGUCCUGCAGAUGAACAUUGUUCUGUCCAUUCAUUAGAACUGUCAGUCAGUGAUGAUGUGUCCAGGUGAGAUGUAUAAAGAACAGGCAUAGCUGCUUAAAGUCACAAUGAAAUAGAAAUAAAAAACUUUUAUAUUGCCUGGAAUAAUGUGAUAAUAUUUUACAAAUUACUUUUCUGUGAGCUUUAUACAUGAUUAAAUCCUGUGACCUUAUAAUCUUUAAUCAAAAACGCAAAUCUCUCUUUUCUUUCAAUACAAUCAGUUCUGGAAGGACUUCUUAAAUAGACUUUUCUCAUGUUUGCCAGAGAAAAGUGACUCAGUGGGUAGCACUGUUGCCUCACAACAAGAAUUAAGGUCUCUGGUUUGAGCCCCGGCAAGGUCAGGUGGCCUUUUUGUUUGGAUUUUGCAUGUUCUCCAUAUGUCAGCAUGGGUUUACUCUGGGUGCUCCAGUUUCCUUCCAAAGGCCAAAAUGUUUUAUUUUGAGCAAACUUUCAAUAAAAAUAUUACUUUGAAAUGUGAAAUGUGUGCUAACUAAGGACUUUAAAGGUCUCGUUCUUUCUGUGUUUUUGAAACUUCGAUUGUUUACAGUGCGCAAUAUAACAUGUGUUUAUGUUUCACGUGUAAAAAAAACGCUGUAUUUUUCACACAAUUGACUUAUCUGUGUAGCGCUGUUUUCCCUGUCCUUAAAACGGGCUGAUGUCUUUCUUGGUCGUCCCUCCUUUAGAAAUGCAUAACGAGUUCUGAUUGUGUAGUUUGUUUAGUGUGUUGUGAUUCCUGUGGGCAGAGGUUAGUUAAAAAAACUGUUCUAGUGACGUCAUUAAAGCAGGAAGUAGAGGGCUGUAAUCCAAACCGGUCGUUCGCUGGAGGCUUUAAAAGGGGAAUUCUGUAAAAGAAAAUAUAUCGCCUGGCAGUGAACUUUGAGCUUUAUCAUUUUACAGGUAUUAUUUAUGCUAUUAUAGCAACAUUACACACUAACUAGGGUUUAAAAAUGGGAUCAGAAACAACGUGAAUAUUGUUAGCUUACAGACUCACAAUAACAAAAUAACUCUAACUGAUAUU